AUGAUGGGAGCUACAGGCCUGGGCGGGCCUAGCAAAGCCGCCGCUAUGAUGCGACAAAGGCUUGCUACUCAGCCUCGAUCCAUCCGAUCCAUCUCGACUUUACGGCCGAAGCGCUUUCCCGGUCACCGUGGUCAAUUGAAUUUGACAUCAUCUGUAAACUCCUCAUGGCGUUACACUGCUCUUGCUGCCGGUCCUGCUGCCGUUCGGUUCAAUUCCACAACACCUACCCCGAGUCCUGCCCCCGUGGCCGAGUCAACAACCCCGAUUGACCCAUCCGACGUGGGCUUCGACAUUUCCCAGCUUUCGGAGAAGAUCGGCUACUUGAAGGAAUUGGGGCUGGACUACGGCUGGGGUCCAUCCUCAAUGCUGCAAUAUGUCAUUGAACACAUCCAUGUCUACACAGGGCUUCCCUGGUGGGCUAGUAUCGUCAGUGCUGCCGUUCUUGUGCGUCUCGCGCUGUUCAAGCCAACGAUGGCUGCCUCAGAUACCGGCGCUCGUACCCACAAUGCCCGCGCUAUCAUCGAUCCUAUCCGUCACGAGAUGAUGAAAGCCCGAAUGGAUGGACAGACGCAUCAGAUGCAGAUCAAGCAAGCGGAGCUCAAGGAGAUCCAGAACGCACAUGGUAUCAAGCCUAUGAAAGCAUUCAUCCCCAUGCUUCAAAUUCCCCUGGGCUAUGGUAUCUUCCGUGUUGUCCGUGGUAUGACGGCUCUGCCCGUACCGGGGCUGCUGAGUGAAUCGGCAUUGUGGUUGAACGACCUGACUGUGGCUGAUCCGUACUAUCUGAUCCCGGUGAUCAAUGCCAGCUGUUUAUAUUUCACGCUCAAGAGAGGUGGUGAGACUGGUACCAUGGAUAUUCUCCAGACCUCUGCCGGCAAAGCACUCUUGAUCGGUCUCCCCAGUGUUUCAUUCGCCUUCAUGGCCUUCCAGCCCGGUGCUUUGCAGCUCUAUUUCCUGUCCACCGGUCUGCUUGGCCUGGCGCAAGCCUUCAUCAUCAACAACAACGCCUUCCGCAACGCCAUGGGCAUGGCGAUCCCCAAGCGAGCCACACCGGCUCAAAACCUGACCAAUCUCGAGCAGCUCCAAGCUCGUCUCGCCGAGCUCCAAAAGAACCCGGAAAAGUUCAGGCAACAAGGAGUCGAGGCCUCGGCCUCGGCCCCGGCCUCGGACGCCAGCGUCAGCACCAUCGACCGUGUCCAAAAGAACAUCUCCAACUGGAGCAACAAGGCCCGUCAGGAAGUGAGCGAAAAGUGGGGCGAGGUCAAGGGCAACACGACCAAGAACGCGGAUGGGUCCGUCGCCGCCAAGCCUCGUCUGAGCGCGGAGGCUCAGCGCGCGGCCGAGAGAUACGAACAAGAGGCACAGGCUCGGGAGGCGGCUUUGCGCGAGGAACGUAAUCAUGCUCGUCGGGCUGCUCAUAUGCGUGCUUUGGCUGCGGAGCGAGAGAAGGCCCAGAACAUGUCGAAGAACUUCCAGUCCACUGGGCGGAAGACCCCGUCACGAAGAAAGUGA